AUGGCGCUGCAGCUUCCGGCCGAGUUGUGGCUGAAGGUGUUCAGCUUUCUGUCCUGGAGGGACAAACUGAGCAUGCGCUGCACCUGCUCAUACUUCAGACACCUGCUGGAUAAGUCCCGCCCCCUGUGGAGGGGCUUCAGCGUGGUGCUGCAGAACCUCUCGCGCUAUAACCGCUCGUUCUGGCGUAGCCUGGCUCAGAGGCACGUGGGCAACGUGCUGCUGCGCUCAGGUAAGAGGAAGCACCUGAAGCAGCUGCACGCCUGGCUACCGUCGCUCUGCGGCCUGCGACUGGACAACUGGAGAGAAGGGGGCGUGGAUGAUCUCAGACUGUUCCGCCAGCUUCAGCGACUGUCCGUCACUUCCUGUUCCAUACCGCUGAGGAACCUGGACUUCCUGUUUCCUCUGAGUCAGCAGCUGACGCAGCUCAGCCUCUGUAACGUGCAGCUCACCUGUUCUGCCUCUCACCUGUUGGCCACCGUUGGUCAGUUGACGUGUCUGACCUCGCUACUGCUGCACCACGACGGCAGCCUAAGGGUCCCGUCCCUCAGCGGUGUCCUCGCUCACCUGGGCGAGCUCACACACCUGUCCUGGACCAUGAUCACCUACAGGACGCUUCCACACGACUUCUUCAGCCCCGCCCACCACACAGGUGACGCCGCAUUGCAGCUGCUGGACUUGCAGCUGCUGAAUUAUGACGCCGUGGUGACACAGGAAACGCUGCAGCCUUUGUCCCGCCUCCGUAGCCUGUCAGUGUUCCACCUGUACUCCGUACCUGGACCCACCUGUCACCUGCAGACGUGGCUGACGUCACUGCCACACCUAACCAACCUCAGCAUCCACGGUGAGUGUCUGUUUCCCCCCUUUGUAUUUGUCUAUCUGAGCAUCUCUCUUAUGUCUGCAUAUUCUAUAGGAGGCCACCCCCUGGCAUCGUACGCUGACUUCCUGCCCACCUCGCUGCUCAGCCUGACGCUGUGUGUGGACCUGCAGCCCAACGACCUGCGGGUGGUCUCCGCCCGGGCACCGCAGCUUGAGCAUCUUCACCUGGAGCCCUGGAGCUCUUCGUCCGACCUCAUCAGACUCCUCCCACAGCUGUUCCCUCAUCUGAAAACGCUGCGGAUAAGGCACCAGCACGUGUCUGACGAUGAUUUCCUGCAGCUGCAGCGACUGCGGCGCCUCGACACUCUGGAGGUUCUGGACUCGUAUUACAGACCUGACCCGAGCGACCCAAGCCGGGUCAUCUUUGAGCCGAGUCCUCGUUUGCUGCGGCUGACCUCUGACCUGCAGAGACUGACCAAUCACAGAGUCAGAGUCAUCACCAGCUCACAUGGAGACCUGCUCAGCUGCCACUGUGUCUGACCAGUCCAUGGCUGUGUCCCAAUUCAGGGUCUGCACGCUUGAAGUACGCACACUACGCGUACUACGUACGGUGCGUACUAUAAGUACGAGAAGUGCGGAAGUGAGAGG